AUGGCGGAUCAUGCUUUUUCGUUACAAGGCAAUACCUGGCCGGUUAACGCUCCGCGACGAGCGAGGCACCGGGGUCCGAAGGCCGCAAAAGGACGGGCGAGUGAAGCGGCCUCUUCAGCAGGAGGAAGAACUGUGUUCCAUAAAGUCGAAUCGGGUGAGACGUUGUGGAGCAUCGCUAGGAUGUACGGUAUUCCCGUCCCCGAUUUAAUGGCGUACAACGGAAUUUCGGACGUCCGAGAAGUGUACUCGGAGUCCGUAGUCAUCAUCCCUCUCCUCGCUCCCGCCUCUCCUCGGACAAUCCAAGGAGAUCCCAGCCACUCAUCCGCCUCGUCCUCUUCUCUUAGAUCUGGCACAGACCCAAAUGAGGCGAGCGGCGUUGGUCGGGGUAGUAGUGGGCAGACUCAAGUGGCGACUGAGGAGGCGUCAACGGUGCUUAGGGGCUUGGCUUCGCGCGUGCAGAAGACGUCGAAUUCGUUUCACUUGACGGACUCGUUGAAGGUUCUUCUCUUUUGCUACAGUGCGGCUUUGAUAUCCUUCCUAAUAGUAGCGGUCAGAGAGCUUAUGAGAACAUUCAAGGAGGCCAGGGACCUUCAAUGGGUGCAGGAACCGGAACCAGAGCGGCCAAAUGUGGCUCUUAAAACGCGGACGUCCAUGUCGUUGGUCCUUGAUCGGUUGAGUAGGUCACAGGAGUGGUCGCGGGAAGAGAUGAUGGCAGAUGGUGUGUCAGCGGGAGCGGAUUUGCAACAAUUGGAUGCAGCAACAGCAACGGCUCAAUUAGACAUAGAUCAAGCCCCCGAGCCAUCUCCGGAAGAGGUUGCUCAAGACUAUGAGGAAAUUCGCAGACGGUACAGAGAGGGGCUGGAGGCCUCAUACAGGACUUUUUUGAAGGACACAGGAUCACAAACAGCAGGGAGGUUCCGAGGUGGCAUGCCCUCCAAGUUUAGAAACAAGAAACCCCCAAGGUGA